AUGGCAGCUUAUCAUUCUUGUGCCUUGGUUGCAUUGUCAACAACCUUGCUCUUUCUUCUUUGUGCCUCCAGUUUCUCUUUGGCCUCAGCUAAAGGUGGCUUCAGUGUCGAUCUCAUUCACCGUGAUUCACCAAAAUCCCCUUUCUACAACCCUUCUUUGACACCCUCCCAGCGUUUGGCCAAUGCCCUUGGCCGAUCGAUUAACCGACUCAACCAUUUCAGCCCAGCAGCUUCUUCACUAUCUCAGCAUGGCCCUAACCAAGUUGAAGCCAAUCUCAUCAUGAACCGGGGUGAGUAUCUCAUGGAAGCAUCAAUCGGAACACCGCCAUUUCCUAUCAAAGCCAUUGCUGACACAGGCAGUGAUCUCAUCUGGACACAAUGCAAGCCUUGCCCUAGUUGUUACCAACAAACAGACCCUCUUUUUGACCCCGAAAGAUCCUCAACUUACAAAACCCUACCUUGCUCUUCAAACCAGUGUGUCUCCCUGAAUGGAACUUGCUCAAGUAGUAAUUGCCGGUACUCAGUCAGUUAUGGUGAUGGAUCACACAGCCGUGGAGCGUAUGCCCAGGAAACUCUAACCCUAGGUUCCACUACUGGCAGAAACGUAGCACUCCCCAAAACCCUAAUUGGAUGUGGGCAUGAUAAUAAUGGGACAUUUGAUGAGAAAAGUUCUGGCAUAGUUGGUCUUGGAGGUGGUAAUGAAUCCCUAAUUACACAAUUGGGUGCUUCUAUAGAUGGGAAAUUUUCCCAUUGCUUGGUCUCAAUUCAAUCACAAGCUAAAACCACAAGCAAGUUGAACUUUGGUACCAAUGCUGUGGUUUCAGGCUCUCAAGUUGUGUCCACUCCCAUUGUCCAAGGCCUAUACCCUGAAACAUUCUACUUCUUGACCGUGGAAGCAAUAAGUGUUGGUGACACUAAACUUGCUUUUCCACCCUCAACUUUCGCCAAUGGGGAGGGCAACAUUAUUAUCGAUUCGGGCACCACAUUGACCUUCUUUCCAUCCGAUUUCUACGCAAAUUUGGAAGCUGAAGUUGAUAAAGCGAUCGGUAGGGAACGCAUGGAUGUCCCUAAUGUUCCUUUGAGUCUUUGCUACAAGAGUAGUGAAUCUGAAGCGGAGUUCAAAGCCCCCACCCUCACCGUGCAUUUCAAAGGCGCCGACGUGAAGCUGGAUGCUGCCCACACCUUUGUUAGAGCUAGUGAGGAGGCUGUGUGCUUUGCUUUUGCUCCUACUAGAAGUAUUUCAAUCUAUGGGAACUUGUCUCAGAUGGACUUCUUGGUGGGAUAUGACAAAAAGAAGCAAACCGUGUCCUUUAAGCCAACUGAUUGCACCAAAUAA